AUGCUGCUUUGCAGAAGCAGUGUAGAAUACUUGGGUCAUGUGGUAUCUAAAGGAGUUGCAGCAAAUCAAUCCAAAAUUGAAGCUAUGAUAAGGUGGCCAGUGCCAAAAAAUUUGAAAGAAUUAAGGGGAUUCCUAGAACUGACGGGUUACUACAGGAGGUUCGUAAAAGGGUAUAGCUCCAUAGCAUGGCCACUCACGGAACAAUUAAAGAAGGACGGGUUCCUUUGGGGAGAAGCAGCUACAACAGCAUUUGAGAGCUUAAAGAAGGCAAUGACUAUGGUACCGGUCCUAUCCUUGCCAGAUUUCACUCAGACCUUUAUUGUGGAGACAGAUGCUUCAGGAUACGGCAGCUAG